CAAGAGCGCAGCCCAGGAGGAGUGUGUGGCGGCCGGUGCUCAAGGGGUUAAUGCGGAGAGCCAUCUGGCUGCUGGUUUGUUAUAAUCGAGCACAUCCAUGUUCACGGGACUCAGAGUUUUUAAGACUCCUCUCCCACAACAGAGCUCAGCAAGUUCUGCACAAGACAUCUGUGGAGCCCCCCUUUCUUUUUUGAAUGACCAGAUUAUUCCCAUCCACCUCUCUCUCUUCAUGUCGACUUCCCUGCCAACGUUCACACGGAUGCCAUGGUCAUUUCUACCACGAUCUUACACGUGAACAAGGUGAUGUCCAUCUUGUUUUAUGUGAUAUUUCUUUCUUAUCUCCGUGGCAUCCAGUCUACCAACAUGGAUCAAAGGAGUUUGCCGGAAGACUCAAUAAAUUCUCUCAUUAUAAAACUAAUUCAAGCAGACAUUUUGAAAAGCAAAGUAUCCAAGCAGAUGGUCGAUAUUAAGGACAGCAUUGUGGACACAGUGAAGAAAGUUACGGCCAUUGAGCCAGAUGUGGACAGUACGGAAAAUGUGAAAUUAGAUUUCCAGCCAGUUAUCUCAAUGGAUACAGAACUCUUGCGGCAACAGAGACGCUACAGCUCCCCUCGGGUCCUGUUGAGCGACAACACCCCAUUGGAACCCCCACCCUUAUAUCUUAUGGAGGAUUACAUUGGCAGUUCUGUGGUGGGGAACCGAACUUCUCGUCGGAAGAGAUUUGCCGAAAGCAAGAGCCACCGUGGGGAGUACUCCGUAUGUGACAGUGAGAGCCGAUGGGUCACAGACAAAUCUUCUGCCAUUGACAUUAAAGGAAACCAGGUCACCGUGCUAGGGGAGAUAAAAAUGGGCCCUUCUCCAGUCAAACAAUAUUUUUAUGAAACAAGGUGUAAACAAGCCAAACCUGCUAAAAGUGGCUGCCGAGGCAUAGACGAUAAGCACUGGAAUUCCCAGUGCAAAACAUCCCAAACAUUUGUACGGGCAUUGACUGCGGAAAACAACAAACUUAUAGCUUGGCGAUGGAUUAGAAUAGACACCUCUUGCGUGUGUGCUUUGUCCAGGAAAAUUGGGCGAACAUAGGUCGGCGUCACUCUGCUAUAUAAAUUAUUAUGUCUAAAUUAUAUGAUAUGCAUGUAGCAUAUACAUGUUUAUAUUGUUUUAUAUAUUAUAAGUUGUCCUUAUUUAUUAAACUUCAGCCAACCUACGAGAUAUAUAGAAGCUUUCUCAAUAAAGGAGAGAAAAGAAUGGGUGCAUACCACUGGCAGCACUACAUUUUCAUUACUGUUUGUGACUUUCUGCUUCUCCGCAGCUUUCCAUAACCUGCCUGUAAAAUCUUUUUGUAACAUCAGUAUUUUUCAUUCAGUAUUGCCAAUCCAUUGAUUGUCAUUGAGUUAAAAAAAUUAGAUCAAGUUGCAAAGAUACAUAAUUUGUGUUUAAUUAAAAGAAAUGUAACACGUUCCCCUCCCUCCCCACCUCAGAAACUAAAUUCAGCAAUGUAGCCCAUAACUAACAAGAGCGGUCCAGGCACUGACUAGCAAUAAAAUACAUUUUCUGUAUGCACUGCCAGAUUUACCAUUACUGUUACAGUUUGUGCUUUCUGUGUUGCUGUUCCAGAGUUGCUGCUAAUAAUCUUGCAGUUUAAAUUCGGGUUCUAUUUUUUGAAAUGCAUUUGUUUUGUAACUAGUUUUAACGCUGCCAAUUCCCCUUUAGAUGGCUCGGAAAAAAUCUAAAAUAUGUGUAACAAACUCUUGCCAAAGCCAGGAGCAA